GGUAGGUUUUGAACGUCCUUGUCCUAUCAAGCGCACACCGACUGCCUCCACGCAAGGGCUUGAGGACCUCUGUCAUUCACUUGUACUUGAAUAGAAAACAGUUUUCAGACAUGAUGGCAGCGAGAUUUCUGCGCCGUGCCCUCCCUGUGCUGAGGCAAACUCGCUCCUACGCCGAGGCCGCCACCGGAGCUCCGCAGAUGUCCUUCACUUUUGCUUCCCCGACACAGGUGUUUUUCAAAGAGGCCAGUGUGAAACAGGUAGACGUGCCCACACUUACUGGUGCGUUCGGUAUUCUUCCAGCUCACGUACCAACCCUGCAGGUGCUCAGGCCUGGUGUUGUCACAGUCUUCAGUGAUGAUGGCUCCUCUGUCAAAUAUUUUGUGAGCAGCGGGUCUGUCACAGUCAACGCUGAUUCUUCAGUGCAGCUGCUGGCUGAAGAGGCUGUUCCUUUGGACCAGCUGGACAUUUCAGCUGCAAAGGCAAACCUGGAGAAGGCUCAGUCUGAGUUGGCUGGUGUGUCUGACGAGGCAGCAAGGGCAGAGGUCCAGAUCAGCAUAGAGGCCAACGAGGCCAUUGUAAAGGCCCUGGAAUAGACCUGUGGUAACCUUUUCUGUUUCUUUGAUGGGAUUCAAUCGUCCAUCUGUUUUUCCCAGCUGGGUCACGUCAGUGUGCAGAAGAUCUCAUGCUUGCUUUGUACAGUGGAUAAAAUUACAAAAUAAAUUUAUUUGGAAUUA